GAAAUGCUUUAGAGCCCAGUUCGGAACUUGAACAUUGUAUCUUGCUGGUAGUGGUAGUCAGAUACAUUCAUCUUAAAAUAUCUAGAUUACUGAGCGAAUUUCAAUAUUUUUAGGAUGAUAGUGGCGUCUCGUUCUGAAUGCUGUACGGAAAACGUCACAGAACGGCCUGAAAGCACUGAGCUGAAAGAUCAACCGUCAACUCCGAGGGGAGAUGUCUCGUCAGCUAGCACUACAGUCGGUGCUUUCAGAAGGACUCCCAACGCAGGAUUGAAAAAAAGAGUCAACUCCAACUUUAAAUCACCUCUUCAGAGCCUUAAUGCCCCGGGCAGCAGUACUUCAGCCGACCCCCAGGCGGAAAUAGACCACCUGAGGAGGAGACGGGCAGAUCUAGACACAGAGAUUGCUCUGCUGGAGAAAGAUGGUUUAAAAGUGGAUGAGCUGGAGCAGCACAUUUACCUUCUCCAUGAGUACAACGACAUCAAAGACAUCGGACAAAGUCUGUUGGGUAAGAUAGCCUCUCUAAGAGGAGUGACCACAGGAGACUUGUACAGCCACUUUGGCCUGGAGCUGGAGGACUGAGAUGCUCCUUGAAUACGGCUCCUCCCAUCACAGACCGAGAGGCCAGAAAGAAGAUCAAAGGACUGGAUCUAAACAACCUUGCUUAGCCCCGUCAGAUCUACUGGAGAGCUGGGUGUAUAGGGGCUAGGGAGCUGCUCUGGGCAGACACCUGAGCUGGACUACUGGCUCUCUGGUGCAUGGGAGUCAACCAGGGGCCACCCUAUCCUCCAGGUGGCCUGGUCACUGGAGUCGUGGGUCGCCUGUUCUUACUGAAUCUGACUCAAUUGUUCUCAUAUUAGUGCUGGUGUUAACAUUUGUAUAGUUCAGAUCUGACUAUCUUUUGGACUACACCACAGCUGGGCCUGGAGAACUGGGCCUGGGACAGCACGUGUAGCUGGGUUGGUCAGACUCCUAACGGGUUAUGUUCUGCUAGCAACUUGUUGAAGGAUAGGCUUUACACUGGAUAGUAGUUGCCUGUAAAUGUCUAAAUAAAGUUUUGUUUAAUUGAACAAGUCUCCACAACAGUCAUCUCAGAGAGAAUUAUGGAGAGCUUGCAGAACUGAGUAAACGGCAUGUACAAGGCGUGUCGCUAUCAGGGGAAGGCAAAAGCUGAGAAUGUGUGUUGUCUUGUGCUGAUAGUGCUUGCCUCGUUGGAGCUUAGCUCAUCUACUCAUCUAAUCUUCAUCGGUCAAAGACCAUCAGUUGUUAUAGAACUCUAAUUUGGCAAGCAGAAGAUAAUAUAAUGUUGAGGUUAACAUGCAUAACACCUUAUCGUCGUAUUUUAAGU